AUGUUGGAUUCCAAUAGGAUCUCGACACUGAAUGAGCUACAAGAAAAUGUGCUAGUGCAGCUUUGUAGAGCUCGGGUUGUUCUACAAGAUGACGUAACUGUAAAAUUGUUUAUUCGUGAUUUUAAUCACUCAAUUCAAGAAUCAAAAUCAUUACAAGUACGAUUUAAUUAUUUACCAAAAGAAAUGGAAAUAGAUAAUAAAGCAAAACUCAUAGCCAUCUCAUUGAAAUACAGUAUUGUCUGUCCGUACACUGCAUUUGUCGGUGUUGAAAGUCGUUUGGCAGGUGAGAAGAGUCGAGAAGUACCUAUUGAAAUUGCGGAUGAUAAUAAUCAACGUAAGAUGAGAAUGAAUGCUGUCUUAAGCGGUCAGAAGAAAAAGUCUCGAAAAGAAAGUGAUAUAACAGUCGCGGAGGAGGAUAUUGUUCGCCGCUUAAUAAAAAUGCGACAAUUUAAUGGCACAUGGACUUUGGAUGAAAAACAGUUGAAACAAUUUCUAAAUGUGAAUGUUGAUAAAUAUCAACAAAUUCUAGCUUUAGGAGAAGAUAAGAUGAUUCUAUCGUCAAUUAUUGCUCUCGUCAUGUUGGAAAAACAGUAUAAAAAUGAUGAACAACUGUGGAAACCAAUUGUUGAUAAAACAAACAAAUGUUUCUUGAAACAUUUGGGCAAAAAAGAUAAGUUGGAUAAACUGAUUGAAAUGAUUACAAAUGUUUUAUAG